GAGUGACACAACAAGCCCCUUGCACAAACUGAGCCCCUCCCCUUUCAAAACAAUGCAGGCAUGGCGAAGCGGCUGCCAGCGGCUCCGUCUGCAUCUGCGAAAAAACUCCACGCUAACCCCGCAGUACAGAGCCGAGCGGUUCCCAAACGACUUUCAUGUGUCAGGUGAACUGUUAUUGUGCAGAUUCUGUCAACACUCCAUUGACUGGACACGAAAAAAUACAUGCAGUGACCACAUAAUGUCAAAAAGUCAUGUGCGAAAUAAGGAGAAGUACAGUAAUGCCGGCAAGACCCCUACAGACAUGCAUUACUGCGUCUAUAUUCAAGUCAUCAGACUCAAGAAAAGAGUUUGUUGAAGACUUUGUGGCUAUGGAAAAGAUGACAAAACUGCGUCCGUUUCUAUUAAAGCACUGCAAACAGGGAGGAGCACUACCUGAAAAUGUCAGCAGCCUUCGCCAAAUUCACCUCCCCCGAGUGUUUGAACAACAUAUCUCCUCUGUGCUCCAAAAGAUCCGUGGGAAAAAGUACUCCGUUGUUGUGGAUGAGACCACUGAUGCAAGAGACUGCAGCGUCCUUAACAUAGUCAUUGGAGUUGAAAACCAAUACUUUCUUGUGGAUCUUGUCUUCAUGGAUAGAUGCAACUACUCAACAGUUUCCCAAGCCAUACUAGCCUCCCUCCAUAGCAACAGUCUGGAUCUGAAUGAUGCCUGGGCAGUGGUCACAGAUAAUGCAGCCUACUGUCUGAAAGCAUACAGGGAAGUCCUGAAAGGAGUGAUGCCAAACAGUGUCCAUGUUACCUGCCUCUGCCAUAUCAUCAAUCUGGUGGGUGAGACCUGGCAGCAUUACAAAUACUUCUCUGAUGCUACCUCACUAGUGACAUGGAUGAGAUCUGUCUUCUUCAAGAAGCCUACCAGAAAGCGAAGAUGGGUGGCCUUCCUCAUUAACAAGGAGUGUGUGCAGGCCAAGGUUCCUCCUGAGGCAGUGUGUUCCAGAUGGAAUAGCUGGUUUGAGGCUGUCAGAUAUCAUGCAGAGCAUGUUCACCUGUACAGACAGUUUUUGUUGGCAGAAGAAUCAACAGGUAUGGCAGUCAGGAACGUCCUCAGCCAGUUGGAAACAGAGGAGAAGGUGCAGACACUCACUCUCAAGCUAAACUUCAUCUCAGAAGCCUGCUCCAAACUGAUGACAUCCCUGACCAUCCUGGAAGGAACCCACAGACCCACAGCAGUGUCUGCAUACAAUGUCAUGGAGGAUCUUGGCUCCUACCUUAUUAAUGGAACAGCAAAAACAUGUGGUUAUGGGCCCAAGACUGAUGAGCACCUGAGGGAACUGGGGGUUCAAGAGAAGAGGAACGUGCUGGAUAAUCUCCAUGAUGCCUUUCAUUUGGCUUUCACAGAGUUCUCAAAGCACUGGGACACACAUCCAGCCAGAGAUGUGUACAGGCUGACCAGGGUCUUUGAUCCCAGACAGGCUCCAGCUAUGGAAAAACAGAUCGAAGCCUACUCAACAAUGAAGCCCAUGGCUAACCCAUCAGCAGAGCUCAGUGAGCAGUGGAUGGCCUAUCAGCAAUGUGUUUCCAAGAAGCCCCUGCCAACUGAUAUGGACCUUGCAAACUACUGGAAAGGCCUGAGUGCAAGAUUCCCAAGAGUUGCAGAGAUGGCUAUGCCCUUCAUCUACUUCCCAGUCAGCUCAGUUGAUUGUGAGCGGAGCUUCAGUAAAUACAAAACUCUUCUCACAGACAAAAGAGAGACACUCACUGAACUCAACACUAAGAGGCUGGCGAUCAUGUAUUUCAAUGGUGAUGUCGCUGAUAGGUGGAACACUUGAAGUAAUUUAUGUGGACUAACUAGUCCUACAGCUUAAAUAGCUUGUUUAAGUUACGUUUGAAGAAGUUAUGUUAUGUUGUUGUUUGAUAACUCAACUAAAGUUUAAUUACUUGGUGCUAGUUUUUGAUGCACUUUAAUGUACCGUAUUGUACUUUAUUGAGGAAAUGUGUUUUUUGUCUCCUCAGUUUAUUACUUGCUGCUUGUUUUUGAUGCACUUUAAAGUACUGUAUUGUAUUGGUACUGUAUUGUGGAAAUGUGUUGUCUGUCACAACAAUAAAUUUAUUAAGUUAAUUUCUA